AUGACGGGCAGGCUGAUGUACCUGGCUCUCAUGCUGUCACUGUGCAUUAUCAGUGCAUCUUAUGCAGAACUGGCAACAUCACUGAGUGGCUGUUGGAAAAAUGAGCUUGGAUCUACCAUGAAGAUUGAUGUGAAUGAAGCUGGGCAUAUAAGAGGCACCUAUGUGUCGCAAGUGUCAAUGUCUAAAAAGCCUGCGGAAGGGGUUGUGGUUGGAUAUCAGCAAGAUCUCACCCAACCAACCUUCGGGUUCAUAGUGAAGUGGAUUAAGGCUGCAACUAGUGUCUCCGUUUGGGCUGGGCAGUAUUUUAAGGUUGGAGAUGAAGCAAAGUUGAUUACCAUAUGGUUACUCCGAGCAAGCUGUCUAGAUCAAGGGGAAAACUGGAAUGCCACCAGGGUUGGGAUGGAUGUGUUCUCUCGUAAUGAUACCGCGUGUAAACUCACCAACCUUCGGUCGGAGUCUGGAGAAAUGAAACAGGAGGUUAGCUCUGACGGGGAGUUCAGUGGGUCAUAUCAUGCCUGA